GACACUCCCCUCACAGCCUUUGGCAGGUCAAUAAAUGGAGUAGUAGAGAAGGGAUUGAGGAAAGUGUUGGGGGGGGGGGAUUUUCCCUACUUGUCAACUCUGUGUUGUUCCACUCAUUAAGCACAGUGAGAUUAAGCCGGUGUUGGGACUGAGGGGGAGCUGUGGUUCGUGGUGGGUUGGAUUGGCAUGCAUGCAGUGGGCGCAGUCAGAAGCUCGUCAUAGGCCCAUGAACAGGCAGGGCUGGGAGGAAAACAGACAAUUAAAUCAAUAAGACAGCAGUCAGCAGAUCACUGCGCCGGCUACUGCUUCCCCUCAGCCUUUUGGAAGAAAAAACUCAUUUGAAAGAGCUCUCUCCUCUUCAGCUUCAGGUUGCUUACAUAAGCAAAGAAUGGUAAAACUUUGGCCCUGUGGCCGAGUCCUCUUAUGACAUCUCUCCCCUAACCUCAACCUGUCACUCCAAAGUAAUCAAAGUUAAUUUGACUUAAACAGACAGACGUAACAAGCUGUACUUUAAAACAUAAAAUAGUCUUUGAAACACCUCGCAAGGUUUCAGAGCUCUGUAAUCGUCCUCCUGCAGUAAAUGACAAAAAGUAGAAUUUACUCCUGAAACGACUAUUACCGUGAAAGGUACAUUGGCAAGAUUUUAGUCUAUAACAGGUUUCAAUCUCUAGGGCAAUCUUAUGAAGCAGAGUGCCAAACAGUGAAACUCAGUAUCACUCCCCAGGAAAUUAAAAGUAUUAGUUCGCUGAAUUUACUGCCAGGUCUCUUAGAGUUAUUUCUUUACCUUUUCAGCUCAUGAGGUUUAUGGUGUGAGUAUUUAAAUACAUGUAUAUAGAGUACAUACACAGGCACACACAUUCAUACUAAAGGAAUGUACAGUCUGAUGACAGAAAAUGUUUGUGGGGGAGGCCUGGCAAUCAGGGCAACUUUCAUUUACUUAGAGUUCAGGUUCUUUAUUUAGUCCGCUAACUCCUUAGAAAAAUAUGUAGGUCUCUGCUUUGCUAAAUGCUUGACUUUCUUAAGCAGUCAAAAGGGUUAUAGGUAUUUGGGGAUUUUAUCCAUACUGGUACAGAUACAGUCGAUACUGAAUUUUAGCACAACUUUUUUUUUGAAUUACUCUGCAAUACUGGUGAAACAAUCAGCAGUUAUUUCUUACCAUAAAGUUGGAAAUGUGUCACUGCAAAUAAACUAAACCUAAACUCCCCCUGUGUAGAAUUUUAAUGUAAUUUUAGAAUCUUUCAUAUUAUUCUGAUGGUACAGGUUUUUGUAGAGAAAAAAAAAUUGGUACAGUCCAGCUUUUAAAUCAUUCAUUCUCAGUAUUGCCAAGAUGGGAUCAAUACACUGCUGUUUCCCACAGUGUCUUUUUGAAUAGCACCACUAGGAGGCAGAAAGAAAGAAAAUUAUAAAUCCUACACACAGGAGCUUUAAAUAAAGCAAACAGCACAAGUGAAAACUAACUAAAUUGUUUGGGGAGAAAACAUUAUUCAUAGAGGAGCAAAGAUUUAAGCAUAGUAGUGUUAGCUAUGCAAGCAAACACGUGGACCCUACAAAACAUCUGUAUCACACACAAUAAACACAAUAACACUGUGAUCUUGGUUUUAUUUGUGCAAAGUGUAGUCUUUGUAGCCACUAAUGUGCUCUCACAUUAGAUAUAGAUUGAUUUCUUCCUCUAUGUAUCAAGUUCUCAUGUUGUUCCCAUAAACUAGGAUUAUUUUGUGAGGGUUUGAGGAAAUCUCCUUUUAAGGAAUGUAGUACUUUGAAAUGCAUAUAGGUGGUCAUAUUAUUAUGUUUCUAUAUGAAGAAAUCUAAGAAAUUUAAAAUGUCUCCAAAAUCAAUAUUCCCCUUUUACCAGUGAACAUUUCUCUCUGUGCCUCAACCCUCUCUGUCUCACUGUCUCCAUUACUCCCUCGUCAUUUCAUUUUCUCUCUCGUCUCAGAUUCUCAUUAACACUGCUGCCCUGUUACCUCUUCGCCCCCCCUCCUCGUUAAGCCACAGAGCCACUUUUCUCUGUUCCUUUCCCAGAUUCAGCCCCCUACACCACCUCUCAUAAACAAUGUGUAGAUGUAUGAAAGUAAUGGGGGGCAGGAGACAUCCAAUUAAAAGCACAAUGCAUUAUUAUUUCACAGCUCCCCCUUCUCUGCCGUCUCCCGAAGCCCUUCAGAUUAUAUAACAGCUCAGUGUCAACGGAGCCAGCCUGUGGAGGACAAGUUAAGGGGGUCUUCGCCGGUGAUGCAGCUCAGCGACUCUGGACUUUCCCCAGUAGCUUGUGCACUACCCCCUCACUCCUCCUCCUCCUCCCUCUCCUCCUCCUCCUCCUCUUUCCUCCCUUUUGCCAUAUCCACCCACCCAUUCCACCCACCAGCCCACCUUCUCUCUCCCUUCCUUACACACACAUACACACAUACACUCAAUCACGAAUGCACAGGGAUUGCAGCAGCAGCAGCACCGCGAGAUGGAGAUCUCCGCUGCGUGUGUGAGUGCCUGUUCCCGGUGAGUGCAGGGACAAGAGCGAAUGAGUGUCAGUGAUGCUUGAAUAAGGUGUAUGAGGGAGAAGAGGGGGAGAGAGCGCGGAGUAAAAGGCAGGAGGGGGAUAUCAGUGAGGACCCGAUGAGGUUUUGAGGCAAUGUGUGUCUGUUUUUUUCCCCCUUUCAUCCCGAUAACCUGAAUCUUUGCCGGAUGUGCCACAACUACUCCAGCUGUCACUGCACCGGCUGCCUCUCUCUUGGUCCUCCCGCAGCCUGUGAGAGCUGCUCCAGUGGCUGGACGGUACCCUGGCACCCACUGAAUACAUGGAUGAACACUGGCUCUACAGGGGAUCUGCGCUUUCUUGUCCUUUGCACCUCUGAUCUGUUUCUCAAGGAAAUAUGGUGAGCAAAGAGGACACCAAAUGCGUUGUUCUCUCAAAUUCAGAUGAAUCAGAUUCAGAAACAGGCCCAUCACACAGCCUUGACACACAGUCUGGACCAGAAUCAGGCAAGCAGCAAGUGAAGAAGAGAAACAAGGCCUUACAAGUACGUUUUAAGGAUAUCUGUGAAGCUCAGAAUGAGCAUAGGGGAAGACGCUCCAGAUCCAUUUCCUGCAAAGUGACACACAGAAAAUACAUGACCAUGCCUGCCAGGCGCUCUAUUCCAAAUGUUACCAAGAGUACUGGUGUCCAGACCUCACCGGACCUCACUAAGCGAUACAAGACUUUCCCUUUUGAGAGGAAAAAAGGACAUACAUUUAAACAUACUGCUUUGGUGGAAGAUUACAGAGGACAGAACAAUGGGUUUUUGAGUGAUAUAAAGGCAGGAGGAGAGGACGGACAACCUAUCGGGGAGUCCUCUAAGUACAAGGGUAAGAUUGUGGGGCAGACAAAAGCAUUGCUUCACCACACUGAUGACAGCAGUGAUACAGAGGAUUUGCUUUCCAGUGCCAACUGUGUGGAUGGACCCUCAUGCCCAGACUCCUCACAUUUCUCAGAAGAGUGCCAUCCUAGCAGCCCUCCGUCCAAAAGUGAACAAGAGUACCAGGUUUGUGGGACAAGGACCAAACACAAAGGAUUACCCAAAGAAGACAUGGAUGCUGGCACUUCUUCAAAGCGCCAGCUGGCUAACUCAGAGUUUUCACAGGACAAGUCAAAGGGUACGGGCCCUGUUGCGUGGAACUCUCUGACACAGGUGGAGUCUUUAGGAAGCCCCUCUGUGAGCUGCAAACGGAAAAAGGGCACACAGCUAAAUGAACAGCAGUCACAGACACUUCCCCAUAGUGCCAAAUGUUCUGUACAGUCACAAGGGCAGUGUCGGACAAGGCAUGUGUCAGCCUCCUCUAAACUCCAGCAAACAGUUGGGGGGGACGAGGGCUUUCCUCCAGGAGACACAGGAGCCCUAGGCAUGGGGAGCAGCCAGCAGAUAAUGCCCUUAUCUGGAGACAAGGAUAUCAAAGCACAGCUGCAGGCCAUGGAGAGCCUCAUCAGCUCGAGCCAGGAGACCAUCAAGGUCCUACUUGGAGUUAUUCAGGAGCUGGAGAAAGGUGAAGCACAGAGAGAGGGGCUCUCCUACCGAACAGGACAAGACACAGCAAAUUGUGAUACUUGUCGAAACAGCGCAUGCAUCAUAUACAGUGUCGAGCUCGACUUCAAGCUGCAGGAGGACAAGCUACAGCCCCUGAUGAAGAGACUUUGCCCCCUGGAUAGCCAACAAUGCCCUGCUCUGCCUUACUCCAAUGAAGUGUUCACAUCCACCCCAAAACGGAAGUCCAAGACAGAGUCCAAAAAGCAUGCUCGUUGGAAACUCUGGUUCCUUUGAAUAAAACAUGAAGGCUUUGGAAACUGCCUUUUUAUUGGCCACAUUAAUACCCCUGUUACUCUCAAAAUGGAUGAAGGAAUAUUCAGAGGGAGUAAUCAACCCUGUGAGAAUGGAUUACGCCAGAGACCAGUUCAUUUGAGUUGAGACUGCACGUCAAGUCAGCUGGGGGACAGCAGAAACAAAAUAAUAAUAAUAAUUUAAAAAAACUAUUUAAAUUCUGUCAGACCUUUUUCUGGCACGUGUGCUGGAGAGGGAUGACACACACACCUGCAAAAACUAGGUGAGCUUUGGGAUACAUUUUGUACAUAUAUUUUUUUAGCUGCGUAAAAAUGGAUGUUAUUUAUAUACUGGUUAAAAGCCCCUCUCAGUUUAUGUUUAUGUCUUUUUACAGUAUCCUCCAAUGCAAUGCACUUUUGGUCUUUUUUUUCCCCCUUAGAGCAUAUUGCUUGGCAACAAGAGGAGGUGCCAUGUGGAGGGCCUUUUAUGAGUGAAGCUGUAAUCUUUGAACGGACAUCAGCCCCACCUCCAGCAAAGCACAAACAUUUGACUAUUGAGAGGAACAUGCGUAAAAGACUGAAACACAGUACAGUACAUGACAGUAUGUCAUUGUUGUUCCUAUAACCCUGUCUAUUUUCUCCUCUCCUCCCUUAUCUGUUAACAUCCUGCUCAGUUUGUCUGCCCACCUGAAUGUCUGCCUGCUUUUGUUAAUAACCCGUCUCCUCUCUCUCUUUGUAAGGCUAUCCCUUUAUCUCCCUCUCUCUGUCCUUCUUUCUAUCACUCCAUUUAGCUUAACUGUGCUAAACUGUUUCUUGUUCCUUUUCUGUUGGCUACACUGACAUGAAAUGUUCAGAAUCUAUAUUUUAGAAUAUCUAUCUUUUUUAUAGCAAAGAUGCAGAUGAAAUUUUAAAAUGUAUAUGUUUGGGCUCCUCCUCUUGAAGCAGAUACAGUAUAAUAAGUGAAAAUGCAGAACAAGUCUGGGUUAGAUCUGAUUUUCUAACAACAUAUAUGAUGUUUUGACUUCUUAUAAGGUAGAAGUAUUUUCUAUGAUAACUUAAGAAGUGUUUUUUUUCCUUUCUUUUUUUUUUUUUUGAAAACAACAAAAGUAAAGGCUAUUUUAACAUUUCUCUUUGAGUCCAUAAAGAGUUUGCCUUGCCUCUCAAUCACUUACUGCAUCACAGCAAAGCUCUGAUGUGAAGUCAAGAACCUGCUCUAUUUUUUAAGCAAUUUGUUUCAUGUCCAGUUAGCUGACACGUGAAGUGUUGUUUUGUAAUACUGAUUAUCUUGCCAGUCAACUGAAAAGUCUUGUAAAAUUAAACAACUUUUUUUUCCCCACAGAAAACAAUUACAGAACACCAAACACCUGUCUACCAACCCACACAAACAACUGUGCACUGAACUUGCAAGAGUAGAAGGGCUAUACACAGUGCUAAGGGGAGUAUGGUAGCAAUCUUAAACAGCAGAGAAGACUUGUAGCCACCAGUUUUGGUUAAGUAUAAAAAAAAAAACAACAAACAAACAAAACAGCAAAAUGCUAACGAUGUAGCAAAGACACUGAACUUGCACGCUGUUAUAAAGCAAGUACCUACUGGAGUCUUAAAAUAAUUUUAUAACAGCAGCUCUCAUUUUGUGGAGAUUAUGGUACUGUUAAAUGUCCAAGAAAUGUCAGGAAGACACAUACUGGCCUCCCAUUGUUAGAUUACGCAGUAGAUUACAUUAUUCAGGUCACCAAUUUCCAUGCAAAGAUCUGUACCCUGAGAAAGUGCAAUUUAGUGAUUAUGUGCAAUAUUAUGCAUUUUUCUACUGUUUCUACAUCACAAUUAAAACAUUUUCAACUGAA